UCCACUGUAAGUCUCUUGAAUUGGGGGAGUUUUUCCAUUCUUCUAGCUGGACGAUCUUGUGACAUGGCUGUCGCGCCGGUGUCCGACCUCCAGAUCGAAGUUGGCUCCUCCAAAAUCGUCGCUCCAGCGCAGGCAGUGGAGCACAGCACACUGUUCCUCUCAAACAUCGACCAGGAGGCAAUGUACAAGGUGGAAUCGGUCUAUGUUUUCGCUGCCAACCCUGAGCGAGCGAGCGACGAUCCUGCCGAGGUGAUCGAGGCGGCGCUGGCGAAAACGCUGGUAACGUACUACUUCCUGGCCGGGAGAUUUGCGCCGAAUGCCAAGGAAGGACGGCUCGAGGUGAAUUGCAAUGGAGCCGGGGUCUUGUUCGCUGCUGCUACGAGCAAGCUCCGGCUUUGCGACCUGGGAGAUCUCUCGGUUCCAAAUCCAGCAUUUCGGAGCCUCCUCGUCCAGCCGAGUGAUUCUCUGGGAUUGUUUGAGACUCCACCCGCAACGUUCCAAAUCACUAGAUUCAAGUGCGGUGGCUUCGUCUUUGGAAUGACCAUCUUUCACUCGCUGAUGGACGGAGUUGCGAUCACCGGCUUCUUCGACAAUCUCGGCUCCAUCGCGAGAGGUGGCGGCGUCGUCAUGGUGCCGAAUCCAAACCGGGAGUUCCUCAAGGCCAGGAAUCCUCCGCAGCCGCAGCACUACGAGCAGCUCAUGUGCCGCCAGUUCCGAGUGUCGAGCUUCUCCGAGAUCCCGCUGCUGCCAUUCAAUCCCACGACGUCGAGCGUGAACAACUUCGCCCCGGAGAAGCACGUCUUCAGGAGCUUCCCGGUGUCGAGCCAGAUGAUCUCGGAGCUCAAGCAGGCCUGCCUCAAGGACGAGACACUCUCCCGCUGCUCCAGCUUCGAGGCCAUCACCGCUCACGUCCUCCGCCAAGUCGCGCGCUCCCGCCCCAGCGAUCCCUCCGCGCUCGUCUCGACGUUCCUGGCGGUGGACUUCUCCCGGAGGCUCCAGCCGCCGCCGCCGCCCAACUUCUGCGGCAACGCGGUGGUGGCGGCGUGCGUCGCCGCCACCCGCCAGGAGCUUUGCACCUACAGCCUGGGCCACUUCGCGCGCCGAGUCCAGGAGGUUCUCAGCGACGUCGACGACGAAUAUGUGCGAUCCUGGACGGACUUCUGGGAGCUCCAUCGCAUCGGCCCCGCGAGGAUUCCAAUCGGCGCCUGCCUCUCCGCCUGGUGGAAGCUGCCAUUCUACGCGCUCGACUUCGGGUGGGGGACGCCAAUCUUCGCGGGGCCGGUCCCAAACCAGCUGGUUGGAUUCAUCGUGAUCGUGGCGAACGGGAAGAACGAUGGCGGAGCAAACGUUUAUCUCGGCUUGGAGCCGCAAGAGAUGGCGGCGUUCGAGAAGAACAUCUACGAGCUAGCCGAGUCUCCGCCGCUAAUACACGCAGCGUUUUAGAUUAAACAAAAGUGAGAUUUGCGCGCUAAGUAAGCAAGAUUGAAAAGAGAUUGUGGACU